CUGAGGGAGCGCGCACCUCAACGCCAGCUGUCCUCUGAGGGGGACCCUUACCGCCCCUCCCCAAAACACAUGUCUGCAAGCGCAUAAACCACAGAAUUUUGAAUCUUUUAUUCUUCAGCUGAUGAGGACCUACACAUAAAUUCACUCGCUUCGAUAUUACAGCACAGCUCCAGCAUCACCUUUACACAGCGACAGCCCAUCGACCACCAGCAGCGCAGCAACGCCCAUAGCAACGGCACUGCGCAUCCUCAUUCUGUUUCUCUGACCCAGCAACACCGGCGGCCGCCCUCCACCAACAACCAACCUGUUUUCCAACGACCUUCCAAACGGGAUCCAUAUCAACACCGUUGUGUUUUUCGUUUUAUCGCAAAGGACCAUGAACGCGCCGUGUGCGGUUAUUCUCUCAUCAGUCAAAGUCAUUUCUCAUUUCGAAAGCCCUUCCUCCAGCUGAAACACUGAGGGAUCCUCCUCCCUUCAACUCACCUGUAAGUUCUGGCCUAUCAAGGACCUGGCAGCGGCACGGGAGCUCCGCCCACCACACCCUCUAAAUGAGGGACAAGGCCACCCAGACCCCUAGGGCCUGGGUAGAUGAGCGGAGGAGAGGCUCUCAUAAGCGAUCAGCUUCCUGCGGCAGCACUGACCAGCUGAAAGAGAUCGCAAAAUUGCGACAACAGCUCCAGCGGAGCAAGCGCAGUAGCCGUCAUCGUCGGGACAAAGACCGCAAAUCCCCCUUUAAUGGCAACCAUGCCAUCAUCCAGUCACAGUCUCAGAUGCCUAAAACCAUCCUGAUCCCCAUCCCCAUCUCUAAGUCCACACCUCCCAGAUUUCGGAACAGCAUAGAGGGGCUCAACCAAGAGAUUGAACGCAUCAUCAUACGGGACACUGUGGAGCGAGAUGAGGUCAUAGUACCACAGGAUGUUCCUGAUGGGCACCGCGCGCCCCCUCCCCUCCCCCAGCGCAGCAGCAGCACUCGCAGUAUUGACACACAAACGCCCUCCAACGGCGGUCUCGGCAGUAACCGUAGCAACAGCAGCAGCCGGGCCGACUCCGUCUCACCCUCAUACCUCAGCAUCCUCAACGACACGGUCGGAAACAGCCCGCUCGAUGACACGCUCAACGAGAGCAAAGAAAGAGAACUGGGACCUUGGUCUCCUCUGCCCAAAUAUGCUUCCUCUCCAAAGCCCAACAACAGCUAUAUGUUUAAACGUGAGCCUCCGGAGGGCUGCGAGAGAGUUAAAGCUUUUGAAGAAAACCAGCCAAGGCCUCUUCAAGAGAUUCCACCAUAUCUCUGCCCGGACAGAAACAAGGUGAACUUCAUUCCCAAAAGCGGCUCUGCUUUCUGCCUGGUGAGCAUCUUGAAGCCUCUGCUUCCCACCCAGGAGCUGAACUUCCGUAGCGGGGUGGGAUACCGCAGCAUCUCCCCCUCCUUGGUGCCUCUGGGUGGUGUCGCGGUGAGGAGCCUGUCCCCCUCCAUGGGUCCCGUCCUGGCCCGUGGACGUCAGUCACCGUGUCUCCCACGACAUCUUGAGGAGCCAGAAGGUUAAAACAGGAACAGAGAAACCUCAGCUGAUGAACAGAGAUGCCAUUUUCCCACACUCCUGUAUCGUCUGAUAGAGUCAGAGCUUUGUUAGGAUUUUAUUUAAGAAAAUAUUCUGAACAGCUCCAAGAGAUAUCAGUCUGAAACUUGAACAUGAGGGGUUUUUUUCAUUGUUAUCUAAGGGUAACGUAGUAGGUGUAAAAGGUUGAUCGAAAGGAGGAUUUCAGGAUGGUGUAUGUAUAUAGAUGAAACAUUUUUUCAGUAUUGCACUGCUUUUUACUUUCUCAAUGAUUUAUUGCAUUUUACCAUGAAGCCUUUGAAUUUUCUUAUGUAUAGCUGCAUCCUUUAACCUACACAAAAGUUUGGAAUAAUUACGAUUUUUAUAGACGUCUCUUAAUCUCACUAAAGCUGCAUUUAUUUGGUCAAAAAACAGUAAAAACAAUAAUAUUGUGAAAUAAUAUUACAAUUUAAAAUAUUUUCUAAAUGUAAUUUCUUCUUGUGAUGACAAAGCCUCUGCAUCAUUACUCCAGUCUUCAGUGUCACAUGAUCUUCAGAAGUCAUUUUAAUGAACUGAUUUGGUGCUCAAGAAACAUUUCCUAUUAUUGUCAGUCUUAAAAACAGUUUUUAAGAAAUUAAGAAAUUAUUUUAUUCAGCAAGGAUGCAAAAAUCCUAUGAAUUAAAUGGCAUUUAAAGUUAAAAUAAUAAUAUAGUACAUCAUAAAUAUGAGAUAACUGUCAAUAUUAUGGCAUAAUAAACAAUUAUGAGACAAAAUCAUAAUUGGAAAAAUGUCGAAAUUCUGAGAUAGUUAGCAUUUUUAGUGUUGAAAACAGUUUUUUAAGAAAUUAAGAAAUUAAGAAAUUAUUUUUUUAGCAAGGAUGCAUAAAUCCUGUAAAUUAAAUGCUUUGAUAAAUCAUAAUUAUUACAUUUAAAGUCAAAAUAAUAAUAUAGUAAGUCAUAAAUAUGAGAUAAAUGUCAAUAUUACGGCAUAAUAAGCAAUUAUGAUGAGAUAAAAUAAUUGUGAAAAUGAUGAAAUUAUGAAAGUCUUUGUCUAAGAAUGAGAUUAGUCAAUUAUGACACUAGAAGUCUCAAUUAUGACAAAAAUAUUAAACUUUUUGUCAUUGUUGAAUAAUCAUCAUUUUGUCUUUUUAUCUCAUAAUUAUAGUUUUUAUCUCAAUUUCAAAUUUUGUAAUUUUUUAUUUAUAUUUUUGACUUGGUAUGUCAUAAUUAUGAUUUCUUAGCAUGAUAUUUUCCUUACAUAGCAGAAUGCUGUAAUGGAGCUGAAUGGUUGAGCUUGAAUACAACCAAUAUUGCAAUUUGUUUACAACAGAAAAUGUAAUAAAAGUACCACUGACCUUGGACUGAAAAAAGUAAUAGUACCCCCAUUUGUAUCCCAUGCAUGGAAAAUGUCAAGACUUGCUUAUUUUGUAAAGGUUUUCUCACAUAAUAAAAAAAAAAGAAUUGUGGGGGAUUUAACUCACAGGAACAUUUAUAUUCUUAUCAAUAUGAAAGAUACAUUUUCACGAAAAGAGCCUUGAACUGGUCUUUCCAUCUGUAGUUUCAGGCCAAGGCUUCUCCAGUGCAUUAAAUUGAUCAAAACUGACAGUAAAGACAUUUUAAUUUCAAAUAAAUGGCCUCUUUUGCAUUUUCUAUACAUGAAACCUUAAAAACACCUGUUAUUAAUAGUGUACCAAUAAUAUUUGUGACACUGAAGACUGGAGUAAUAGCUGCUGAAAACUCAGCUUUGCCAUCACAGGAAUAAAUUACAUUUUAAAAAAGAAAAUGCAUGUUAAAUUGUAAUAAUAUUAAGUAAUAUUACAGUUGCUAACGGGGGAAGAAAAACAAACAAAACAAAUGUAAUUUUUCCAAACUUUUGACAUGUAGUGUAAAUGUAAGUGAUUUGAUUUAGGGAAAUGGAGGUUUUAGGUCAUAGUUUUGCUUGCUUAAUAGUUUACAUGCAGUUUGAAUAGUGCUGGAAGAACAACCAGAAAUGUUGUAGCAGAUUUGAGGAGGACUAACAAAUGUGCCUGACUCCCACCACCUGUCUGUAGGACCCCAUGUGCUUACAGUCCCUUUUCUAUCAUCGUCUGUCCCUACAUCCAGUCUCGCCCCUUAAAUGUAUAGAGCCCUUCCCCAUAUACGUAAACCUGUAUGUGCUUAAUGUGACUUGCUGGUGAGAGGAAGUUUUGAUGGUACAUGAACAGCCUGGACAUCGAACAAAUGUACUGGACAGUAUUAUGAUUACAGUUGAGGUCAAAAGUUUACAUCCCCCUUUCAGAAUCAUUAAAAUGUUAUUUUACAAAAAUAAAAGGGUUCAUACAAAAUGCAUGUUAUUGUUUUAGUACUGACCUGAAUAAGAUAUUUCACAUAAAAGAUGUUUACAUAUAGUCCACAAGAGAAAAUAAUAGUUGAAUUUAUAAAAAUGACCCUGUUCAAAAGUUUACACACACUUGAUUCUUAAUACUGUGUUGUUACCUGAAUGAUCCACAGCUGUGUGUUUUUUUAGUGAUAGUUGUUCAUUUGAGUGAACAUUUGUUCUAAACAAUUAAACUCCCUGCUGUUCUUCACAAAAAUCUUUCAGGUCUCACAAAAUCUUUGGUUUUCCAGCUUUUUUGUGUAUUUGAACACUUUCCACACUGAGUACAACUAAGGGACUUACGUGCAACUAUUACAGAAGGUUCAAACACUCACUGAUGCUCCAGAAAGAAACACGAUGCACUAAGAGCCGGGGGGUGAAAACUUUUGGAAUUUGAAGAUCCGGGUAAAUUUAACUUAUUUUGUCUUCUGGGAAACGUGUAACAUGUAUCUUCUGAAGCCUCUGAAGGGCUGUACUAAGUGGAAAAAAAAAAAAAAAGAGGAGGCAAAAUAA